GAGUAGAGGUUAAAGUAUAGGUGGAGGAGGUUGUUGUAUUUUUUGAACACAGCUGUCAUGUGUGUAUUGCUUAGAUUUUAGAUUGACCAGCUAAUUUAAAUAAUACAGAGAAAUUUCAUCGAUAAGUCUUGAUUUAUAAGAUUUGGAAAAAAUGAUGAACUAAGACUAAAAUAUUCUGUGGGAAUAAAAUUUGACUGAUUUUUGCAUUUAGAAUAAAAAUAAUGAAGAGGGAAUUUAUUGAUAUGAUUUACGUUCAGUGUUGUUCAAAUGUAUCUACUUAUAUUUUUUAUUCUCAAUUCAAAUGAUAAAAAGUUGAGUUAUGUCAUGAAGAAAAAAUUGCAUAAUGGCAUAUAUAGAAGAAUACUUAUGUUGUCAUACUUUCUACUGAAACGAUGCAAACAUUUUUUACACAAAACUUUUAGUGAUCUUUGUUGUCAUCAUCAAUUUACUUCUUCAUUGGUGAUUAUUCUAGGAACUAGUAAAAGACUUCAAUUAAAAUUGCAAAAAUGUAUCUGUUACAUUUUUUUACUAUUUUCAUAUGUGUGGAUUCUAGUUUAACUAAAGCUUUGAAUGCUGUUGUUAUUUUGGCUGAUGAUGGAGGCUUUGAAAUGGGUACAUACAGAAACAAAAUUUGCCAAACGCCUAAUUUGGAUAAAUUGGCAAAAGAAAGUUUAAUUUUUAAUAAAGCGUUUACUUCAGUGAGUAGCUGUUCUCCUAGUCGAGCAGCUUUGCUUACAGGAAUGCCGUCACAUCAGAAUGGAAUGUAUGGAUUACAUCAAGGGGUUCAUAAUUUUAAUUCUUUUAAUAAAGUUAAGAGUAUAACAAAAAUUUUGAAAGAUCAAGGCAUUAGAACAGGCAUUAUUGGUAAGAAACAUGUUGGUCCAGAAAAUGUGUAUCCAUUUGAUUAUGCAGAAACUGAGGAGAAUAAUUCCAUAUUUCAGGUGGGGCGGAAUAUCACACAUAUUAAAUUGUUGACUAGGACAUUUUUGAAUACGUCUGAUCCUUUCUUUUUAUAUAUUGCAUUUCAUGACCCACAUCGUUGCGGUCAUACAAAUCCCGAAUAUGGAGAAUUUUGUCAACGGUUUGGAAAUGGUGAACCAGGUAUGGGUUAUAUCCCCGAUUGGCAACCAAUUAUCUACCAACCAGAUGAGCUUGAACUACCUUAUUUUAUUCCAAAUACUUGGGAAGCUAGAAAGGAUGUUGCUAAUCAAUAUACAACUAUUUCAAGGCUUGAUCAAGGAGUUGGCUUAAUCAUCGAAGAAUUAAAAAACUCUGGUCAUUAUGAUAAUACUCUGAUCAUUUAUUCAAGUGAUAAUGGCAUACCCUUUCCAAAUGGAAGGACAAAUAUGUAUGAUUCUGGAAUACAAGAGCCUUUAUUUAUUUCAUCCCCACUUCAUAAAGAAAGACGAGGUCAAGUAACAAAUUCUUUAACAAGUUUAUUAGAUAUUGUCCCUACACUAUUGGAUUGGUAUGGAAUUAAAGGAGAAACUAAUUCUGUUGAAGAAUUUGAUCAUUUAUAUGGUAGAAGUUUACUUCCACUUCUUGUUAAAGAACCAGAUGAUACAUCAAAAGAAGUUAUUUUUGGAAGUUAUAAUUUACAUGAAAUUACUAUGUACUACCCUAUGCGAAUGGUUAGAACACAAAGAUACAAACUUAUACAUAAUAUAAAUUACUAUUCACCUUUUCCUAUAGACCAGGAUUUAUAUUUGUCUCCAACAUUCCAAGAUAUUUUGAAUAAAACCAGGACAAAUGAAAACACUUUUUGGUAUAAAACUUUACAGGAAUAUUACAAACGUCCAGAGUGGGAAUUGUAUGAUUUGAAGUAUGAUCCAGAAGAACUUAAUAAUAUUGCAAAAAAGAGUUCUCAACAACAAAUUUUUAACGAGUUAAAAGAAAAAUUGCAUAAAUGGCAAAAGGAGACCCAAGAUCCUUGGAUUUGUUCUCCACAUGCGGUUUUGGAAGACGAGGGAAGUUUCAAACAUAACCCACAAUGUUUAGAUUUGAUUAAUAUUUGAUGAAGUAAAUUCGUUUCUCGAUUUGAUUUUUUAGCUCCAUAUUGGAAGCUGAUUUUUCAAAUAAGUAAAAUAUAGAAAUUGUGGAUUCUUAAA